AUGGCGAUGAUGAGGAUAGAUGGCGUUAGCCACAUCACCAAUACUGCAACUGCUCUGCUUCCAUCUCUCUUCACCGUAACUGUUCUCCGCCGCCGCUCUCUUCGUCUCCGGAAUGUUGAUUCUCGACAACGAAAGCUUCAGCUCCGAUGCUUCUCGGCUUCUUCCGAUUCUCUGCACUUCGAUUUCUCGCCGCCUCCAAUCGAUCACGAUCUCCUUGAUACAAUUAGUGUUGCUGGAGGGAAAGUUUCAGAAGAUGGUGUUGUUGAGAGUUUUAAUAACGACGAUGAGGCUUUGGAUGCAUUUGAUAAUGGAGUGGUGGUUGUGGACCUCUCGCAUUUUGGCAGAAUACGAGUUAGUGGAGAUGACCGUGUUCCUUUCCUUCACAACCAAACUACCGCAAAUUUUGAAUGCCUUAAAGAAGGACAGGGAUGUGAUACUGUAAUCGUGACCCCAACAGCAAGGACGAUUGAUAUUGCACAUGCCUGGGUCAUGAAAAAUGCAAUAAUGCUAACGGUUUCUCCAACGACGUGCCAAAGCAUAAUUGAGAUGCUGAACAAGUAUAUUUUCUUUGCUGACAAGGUAGAGAUCAAAGAUAUCACCAAGCAAACUUGCUUAUUUGCUUUAGCAGGACCGAAAAGUAACCAAAUUAUGUCUAAACUGAAUCUGGAAGAGCUUAUUGGGCAGCCAUAUGGCGAGCAUAAACAUUAUAGUUUGGAUGGAAUGCCAAUAACAGUUGGGGUCGGAAGCCUUAUUUCAGAGGAAGGCUUUACCAUGUUAUUGACACCAGGGGGUGCUGUUUCAGUCUGGAAGACUCUUUUAACUGAAGGUGCUGUUCCAAUGGGUUCUGUAGCCUGGGAGAAACUUAGAAUCAUUCAAGGAAGACCAGCACCUGAGAGAGAACUCAGCAAGGAAUUCAAUGUUCUGGAAGCGGGUCUAUGGAACUCGAUCUCUCUGAACAAAGGAUGUUAUAAGGGACAGGAGACUAUCGCAAGACUCAUAACAUAUGAUGGAAUCAAGCAAAGGUUGUGUGGACUUGACCUCUCUGCACCGGCAGAGCCUGGCAGCACCAUCACAUUCAACGGGAAAAAGGUGGGGAAGCUGACUAGUUGCACAAAGAGAAGAAACGGGUCCAGCCAUAUCGGGUUAGGCUACAUCAAGAAACAAGCAGCCUCAAUUGGAAACACAGUGACUAUAGGGGAAGACGUUUCUGGGGUAGUAGCUGAAGUCCCAUAUCUAGCACGGCAACAUCCUCCAUCAACCAACCCGAGUUCUUGA